UUCCCGCUCCGCAAUGACAUUCGGGAAAGCGGAAUCGUGGAAAAAUAUUAUUGCAGUCUUAGGCUGGAAUGGCCCCGUUAUCGUUCCUGUUCUCUGCAUCUGUGCGCACGACUGUUUACGAUCUUGUCUGGGACUGGACUGUAGACAAGCACACAAACAAUCCAGCGACGCGCAACUAUGGUUGUUCCCCGAUACACCUAUGCACUGUCUCCCAAUACACCCAGCGCUUUGUUUUCAAUAUAGACUUGAAGAGAGCAAUAGAAACAGGAACAAAACAGAGCCAGGAACGGCAGGGAUCAACGGUGGUUUGACGUCAAGGUACAAGGUGGUGAUCAAUGUGGAGUAGCUCGUUCACGUGCUACCCCGCUAGUGUUGAUACCAACCGUCGUCAGGGAAACCGCAAUGUGUUUACCCGUACACCCGUCCCACCGACGCGGCAACCUCAAUCCCAACCUUACCUUCCACCCAUUAUGACCCUCAACCUUCUGUUCUGAGUCUGUUCUUGAGUCCAGUUGGCAGCUUCUAUUCUUUGCAUCGACAUCACCUUUCCGUUUCCUUCACAAUGGCAUCGCCUGCGCCCGUGGGCCACCAACGGAACAAGUCGACAUCGAUACUCAAAGGCCUUGUGUCUAAGAAACACCAACGCUCAGCAACUGCACUCUACGAGGCCAACCCCGCCACUUCCACACAUUCUGCACCAUUGAUCCUCCCACCCGACCAUCCGCACAGCCAACUUCGAACGGCAAACCGAACACAGCCUAUUCCUACCCAUGCACCAGUGUCGCCCAAAAAGUCGCAAGACCCAACAGAACAGCCGGUUCGAGGAGGACUACACAAGAAGACCGUGAGCACAUACUCGCUCCGGUCGCUGGGUCGAGACAAGGAAAAGAAGGAGAGCCGCUCCAGGGAACCGAGCCGCGUCCGAGGGGAGGAGACAUCGACGAGUCCUAAGAAGACCAAGUCCUCGGCCAACAUCGCAGGCUUAUUUAGGAAAAGCAAGCAUCCGGAAGAGGUCAGGAUGGCUGGAAAGGAUAAAGAGAACACAACUCCACCUAGCACCUCCAAUGCCCCAGAACCGCUCCAUACCCCCAUCUGGGCGCAAUUCAGUUCGCAGCAGCCACUGCAAGAGACAACCUCAACCAGCAAGGUCCCGCUCAAUGACCAGCGCCGCAGCAUCGAGGAAGAAAUCGCCAUAUACUCGCCUGAAAAGUAUUCUCCUUCUAAACAACGCAACUUCUUCGACUACGGCCAACCCUCUCUGCAGAAGAAAUCGCAACUGAAGGAGCGGCCUAAGUCGGUUUUUCUCCCAAAGUCAGGGUCGACGGCAACUCUGAUCGACACAUUCACAGGAAGGAAGAGUACCAAUACUGAUAGGACGCCCCUCGGAGACACAAAGGGCAAUGAAGGUCGCGUGAAGGAAAACGUCUCUACAAGAACCAUGAACCCACGUGGAUUCUUGAGUCGUGCGAGCUCCGACCAGAGCAGUGAUAGCUACACACCAAAGCCGUUGCCUGAUUCGCCUAAGAAGCAGAAUCGCGUCAUGGCCGCCGUCGCCGCAUUCAACGGCAAGUCGAAAUCGACCAGUCAGUCCGCUACCGCUCCUAUGCCACCCAUAAAACUCGACCCCAAAGUGGUUGAUGCCGAGUUUGAGUCGGUUCUGGAAUCGAGGAAUAUUCCCACCCACCAGCGAGCACAGAUGCGGACUUUGAAACUUGAGGUCAAGGCUGACUUUGUUCGUACACACAAGCUGGACGUCGCCGGGCCCUCCGCACCGAGCUCCCCUACCAAACCCACGUUUUCUCGCGCCGUCAAAUCUCAUGAUGGAUUGUUAGAGGCAGAUAAAAUGUCAAAUGAUAACAAUGCGGGUGCAUCUGUCAAGCGUGAGCGACCGAGGAGCAAGACCUUCAACUUCAGUAAAGGUGAUUCUCCGACCAAAAAGCAAAAAGGCGAUGCUGCAUCCAUGAAGUCGCUUCACAAAACGCCCUCGUCGCGAUCCCUAGCUUCAAUUUCAUCGCAACGAUCUGUGUCGAAAGGAUCGAAGAAUACUUUGCCAGCAGAGUUUAUCCUCUAUCUCAAGGCCACCCCCAAACCUCAAGAGGUGGAAGUAGGCAAACUCCACAAGCUCCGUCUGUUGCUCAGGAAUGAGACGGUAGAAUGGGUCAACUCUUUUGUUGAAGAGGGCGGCAUGCAAGAGCUCGUUGGUUUAUUACAUCGCAUCCUUGAAGUUGAAUGGCGUGAAGACCAUGAAGACGCUCUCCUACAUGAAGUUCUCCGCUGUCUUAAGGGUCUUUGCACAACGGAUUCCGCACUCAAACAGUUUGUGGAUAUCUCACCUACUUUGUUCCCGGCUAUCCUGGGUAUGCUGUUUGAUGAAGAACACAAAGGGCCUAGCGAAUUCACCACGCGUGAGCUGGCCAUCCAGAUCAUCUUCGCUCAUCUAGAUUCGGCGCCGUCAACUGAACUCAGUACCCGCGCUAAGGAGCUUAUUGGAUAUUUGAAGGAUCCAGUCAAGGAGAAGGAGUCUUCAACAGUUCCGUUCAUCCUUCAAAUGCAUCAACCACGUCCAUACCAGGUAUGGUGCAAGGAAAUCACAAAUGUUACCAAAGAAGUCUUCUGGAUUUUUAUUCACCAUCUGAACGUCAUCCCCCUUUCUACCAACGAGGAUCCUGUCUCGUACACGAAGGCUCACUUUCCUGGUCCCCGAGCCAUCGUUCCAGCUGCUCCCUACGUUGGAGGGGUUGAAUGGGAUGCUACUAACUAUCUAGCGACUCAUCUUGACCUCCUAAACGGCAUACUCGCGAGCCUCCCCAGCCGCGAAACCCGCAACAGCUUCCGCUCCGAGCUCAAGGUAUCUGGUUUCGAGAAAGUCAUGGCACACCUGCGAACCUGCAAUCCCAAGUACUACGGCGCGGUCCAUGAUGCCCUCAAGGUUUGGAUCGGUGCUGCAGCCGCUGAUGAAUGGGAGGUCCGCGACGUGCGCAUGGGACCUUCGGACGGCAAGCCCAGCGUUGGGAGUCCAAUCAAGCAGAGCCCAACGAAGAAGAAGGAAGCGCCACCUCAGAUUCUUCCUCCUAAGAUGGAUCUUGGAUCCAGCCUCGGACUUGGAUUCGACAAGGAGAUUGGCGGCUGCAAGAAGGUAGCCGAUGACGACUUUUGGAACUGAGAAGUCGAGACUGGACAUGUGGUGUUGCGAAGGAUAAAGACGGAACGAACUAUCACGACCACUUACGAAAUGUUUUUUGUUUUUUGCGUAAAAAUUGAUUUUGCCUCUGAAUGUCUCCCAUCUGGAUACCUCUUCGACAUCACACCCUCCUAGGCAGGUAACUCUGGAUCCAUGUUGGGACUAUUCACCAUUCCCUCACGUCACCGAACCUUGGAGCGUUUUUAUAUGCAUGCAAAAACUCAAAUUAUGGAGUAGGGACCGCACCCACACCAACGGCGUUUGUCAUUUUCUGGAUGUUUGUUCGUUCCCCUUUUCGUGUUCUCUCCUCUCAUCUAUGGGGGUUGAAUACAACAGGGAGAACUGGUGUUAUAUUGGGAUCGUAAUGCAAAGGGGAGUGUGUACUUGGAAACCGGUGUUGUCAUCUGCUUUCCUUCUUCGGGGGAUUUUCUUUCUUUCCCCCCACUGGAAAUUGAUGUUUGUUAUUGCUUUAUGGCUUUCCUUCCCAGCUCUAACAUCACCACCAUUACUCCUAUCCUUA